GAGCAGGUUGAAGAGCUCCCUGGAGUCUGAACACCUCCUCUGCUGCGGAUUAUCCAACCAUCCCUGCGUAGUGUCCCUGUUACGACCAUUAGUGCGCAACACUCUGGAAUUUAUUUCACUUCGUUUUCUUUCUUUAUUUUGUUUUUUUCUUCUUUAUUUUGUUUUUUUCUUCUUCUUUUUUUUACUCCUGGGAGUUAAUUCUUUGCUCACGUCGGACCUUUGGAUCCUACCGACCCCCGCAUUGAUACCACUUUCUGACUUUCCUUUAUCUUUUUGAUCGAGCCAACUCGAGCUGCUGCGGGAGCGCGCGGUGAUGUCCCGUCUCUGACAUGCACCGUCCGUCCAGUCCACCGAACCCGUCCGAUGGCGCGUCCGCAGUGAAGGACGCAGACUGCAGCGGAGGAGAUCCACAACCCGCCGGGGCCGCUGGCGCGUCCGCGCAAACAUCCCGAGCAAACAACGGCGGCAACCCCAUCUCCGCCGGAGGAGGAGGAGGAGGAGGAAUAGGAGCAGGAGCAGGAGGAGGAGAGCCGGACUCGACAAAGUGGUGCGGAACCGAUGCCAGCCUAGGCGUGCAUCGUAACAAACCAAAACUGCACCCGUCCCGUCGCUCCUCCAGUGGAUAUAUCUCCGACUGCGACUCGCAGCCGAGCUCCCCGCUCUUCCCGAAGCUCCCCACGGCUGACAAGGCCACGCAGACUCGGAGCCUCACCGGGCAGGUGAUGACACACGCCGUGCACCGCAUGGCGGAGCAGCAGGGCGGAGGAGCCGGGACGCACCAGCGGCACGGGCACGCUCCAAACCCUCUUAGCACACGGCGGGGAAACGCGGCGGCGGCGGCGGCGGACAUGCAGGCGGAGCAAGUCGGACGAGAGCUUCGGCUCAUUGGAGACGACUACAACAGACUCCUGUUGCUCCGGAGAGUGGCAGGCGGACACAGACAGCCGGGGAUCCCUCUCAACCUGCUGCCGCACAUCCAGCAGGAGCCCGUGGCGCUGCUGUGCGUCAGCCUCCUGCUCGUCCUCCUCGGGCGGAUAAUGUACUUGCAGGGCACCUCGAACAGCCCGGACCACUCUCAGGUUUAGACUUUUGGAAAACCCAGCAGUUGUAGCAGCGUUUCUCUUCAUCAUGUGUUGAAGAAAAAUGCCUCUUUUUUUUUUUUGUUUGUUUGUUUGUUUGUUUGUUUUUUUGGGAACCUAAUUUUUUUUAAUGUUAUUCUGCUCCCUCCACUUUUUAAAUCGUUGAAACAUGUUUCGUCUUAGGAAGGAACUCUAACUUUCUUGGACUUUGUUUUUUUUGCACCACUGUUUUUCCUUUUUAUGGCUCCUGAGCCUUUGUGAUACAACCAAAGAGGCGAAGUUUUGCACUCCCGUUUCAGCGCAGGGGCUGCUGUAUCACCCGAGUACGCCUCUGCAAAAUGACGCCUGUGGAAAAUCAAAUGUGCCUUGUACAGUUGCUCGUUUACUUUUUUACAGCUUUGUUUUAUUUUUUUUUGAUUGUACAGAGAUUACAAAUUGCCCAGGUGAGCAACUCCAGAGACCCGGAGUUGUUAAAGUAUGCGGGUCCAGGCUGUAGGAUACUUCACUGUCUUUUUAAAAAUCACUCAUCUCUCGUGAAAAAAAAAAAAAAUCCAGGAUGAAACCGAGUCGAACCCACGUGGAAACCAGCUGGACCAAAGUCC